CGGCGGAGGCGGGGGCGCGGGCCUGAGGGGCGGCCGGCGCAGGGGGCUCCUCGGCAGCCCCAGUGCUGCCGUUGGGGAAACCGAGGCCGGAGCGCGGGAGCGACGAGGUUGGGCUUCCCGGCCUCCCCGCGGGCCUGCUCGCGGCGGGUGCCCAGCACGGGCCGGGCCUCGGGAGUGGUUCGCAGGGCACACAGCAGGAGUCUCCAUAGCUUCUGUGUCCGCCGGGGCAGAGCCGGCGCUGCCUGCUGCUCGCGUCCUUGCGCUUCACCUUCACGGCAACCCCGCGAGGUGGAGCACGUGUUCAGUCUCGCUGCCAAAGCUCAUUCUCACUGCCUGCUGGGCCCUUCCAGGACCUUCUGUCAGCCUCUCAGGAGAUUUGUGGAGUGGCACACCCCUGCCAGUGAUGGGAAGCAGUGCUGAGCAGCAGUGCUGAAGCUCUCUGAGUAUGAUUCGAAUUGCAGCCUUAAAUGCCAGCUCCACGGUUGAGGAUGAUCAUGAAGGAAGCUUUAAAAGUCACAAAACCCAGACAAAGGAGGCCCAGGAGGCAGAGGCUUUUGCCUUGUACCACAAGGCGCUGGAUCUGCAGAAACAUGACCGUUUUGAGGAGUCUGCCAAGGCCUACCAUGAGCUCCUGGAGGCGCGCCUGCUGCGAGAGGCAGUUUCAUCGGGUGAUGAGAAAGAGGGCUUGAAACACCCUGGGCUGAUGCUGAAAUAUUCCACAUAUAAGAACCUGGCCCAGCUGGCAGCCCAGCGAGAGGACCUGGAGACAGCCAUGGAAUUCUACUUGGAGGCAGUCAUGCUGGACUCCACGGAUGUCAACCUCUGGUAUAAAAUCGGACACGUGGCCCUGAGGCUCAUCCGGGUCCCCCUGGCUCGCCAUGCUUUUGAGGAAGGUCUGCGGUGCAAUCCUGAUCACUGGCCCUGCUUGGACAACCUCAUCACUGUCCUGUACACCCUCAGCGACUACACGACAUGUCUGUACUUCAUCUGCAAAGCUUUGGAGAAAGAUUGCCGGUACAGCAAAGGGCUGGUUCUCAAGGAGAAGAUCUUUGAGGAGCAGCCUUGUCUCAGGAAGGACUCUCUCCGAAUGUUCCUCAAAUGUGACAUGUCGAUUCAUGAUGUGUCCGUGAGCGCAGCUGAGACACAGGCCAUCGUGGACGAGGCCUUGGGGCUGCGGAAGAAGAGGCAGGCACUGACUGUGCGGGAGAAGGAGCCAGACCUGAAGCUGGUGCAGCCCAUCCCCUUCUUCACUUGGAAGUGCCUCGGAGAAAGUUUGUUGGCCAUGUACAACCACCUCACCACCUGUGAGCCCCCACGGCCCAGCCUUGGCAAGAAGAUCGACCUGUCUGACUACCAGGACCCCAGCCAGCCUCUGGUGUCCUCUGUGGUGGUGGCACCUGUCAGCGUGAUCCAGCCGAGCCCUGUCAGUGCCAAAACGACUGUGCCUGUGGCGGAGCCGGUGCUCUCCUAUGCCCCCGUGGCCACAGCCAGUUUCCCACUGCACAGUCCCAGCCUGCUGGAGACAGGCAUUCCUGCAGGCGAUGUUUCUGGGGGAGAUAAAUCCAAGAAAGGAGUAAAGCGGAAGAAGAUUUCAGAAGAGAGUGGAGAGACGGCAAAGCGGCGAUCUGCCCGCGUCCGAAACACUAAGUGCAAAAAAGAAGAGAAAGUCGACUUCCAGGAGCUUCUUAUGAAGUUCUUGCCGUCCAGGCUAAGAAAGCUGGACCCUGAGGAGGAAGAUGACCCCUUUAAUAACUACGAAGUCCAGUCAGAAGCCAAACUGGAAAGCUUCCCAAGUGUUGGGCCUCAUAGACUGUCAUUCGACUCUGCCACGUUCAUGGAAUCUGAGAAGCAGGACGUACAUGCGUUCCUGCUGGAGAACCUGACCAAUGGGGGCAUCCUGGAGCUGAUGAUGCGCUACCUGAAGGGCAUGGGCCACAAGUUUUUGCUGAGGUGGCCACCAGGCCUGGCAGAGGUCGUGCUCAGCAUCUACCACAGCUGGCGGAGGCACAGCACCAGCCUGCCCAACCCACUGCUGAGGGACUGCAGCAACAAGCACAUCAAGGACAUGAUGCUGAUGUCUCUCUCCUGCAUGGAGCUCCAGCUGGACCAGUGGCUGCUGACCAAGGGCAGAAGCUCUGCAGUGUCUCCUCGGAACUGCCCUGCUGGUGUGGUGAAUGGCAGGUUUGGGCCUGAUUUCCCGGGAACUCACUUCCUGGGUGACCUCCUGCAGCUGUCAUUUGCCUCCUCCCAGCGGGACCUGUUUGAGGAUGGCUGGCUAGAGUUUGUGGUCCGCGUGUACUGGUUGAAGGCUCGGUUCCUAGCACUGCAGGGAGACAUGGAGCAGGCCCUGGAGAACUAUGACAUCUGCACAGAAAUGCUCCAGAGCUCCACUGCCAUCCAGGCGGAGGCAGGGGCUGAGCAGAGAGACAUCGUCAUCCGUCUGCCCAACCUCCACAACGACUCAGUAGUUUCCCUGGAGGAGAUCGAUAAGAACCUUAAGUCGCUGGAGCGGUGCCAGUCCCUAGAGGAGAUUCAGCGGCUGUAUGAGGCUGGUGACUACAAGGCUGUCGUGCAUCUGCUCCGCCCCACCUUGUGCACCAGUGGCUUUAACCGGGCCAAACACCUGGAGUUUAUGACUUCCAUUCCCGAGAGGCCAGCCCAGCUUCUGCUGCUGCAGGACUCCUUGCUCCGGCUGAAGGACCACCGGCAGUGUUUUGAGUGCUCUGAUGUGGCUCUUAACGAGGCGGUCCAGCAGAUGGUCAAUGCGAGUGAUGCUGCCGCCAAGGAGGAGUGGGUGGCUACAGUGACCCAGCUGCUGCUGGGCAUUGAGCAGGCACUCUCAGCGGAUAGCAGUGGCAGCAUUUUGAAGGAAUCAUCUUCCGGCACUGGCCUCAUCCGGCUCACCAGCAACCUCAUCCAGGUCAUUGACUGUAGCAUGGCUGUGCAGGAGGAGCCCAAAGAGCCACACGUCUCCUCGGUGCUGCCCUGGAUCAUCCUGCACCGGAUCAUCUGGCAGGAGGAGGACACCUUCCACUCCCUAUGUCACCAACAACAGCUCCAGAACCCGGCAGAUGAAGCGAUGGCCGAGACGCCCAUGCUCCCGUCCUCCCUCAUGCUGCUCAACACAGCCCAUGAAUACUUGGGCAGGAGGUCCUGGUGCUGCAAUUCAGAUGGCGCUCUGCUGCGAUUCUACGUGAGAGUUCUCCAGAAGGAGCUUGCUGUGUCCGCCUCUGAAGACACACACCCCUACAAGGAGGAGCUGGAGACAGCCUUGGAGCAGUGCUUCUACUGCCUGUACAGCUUUCCCAGCAAGAAGAGCAAGGCCAGGUACCUGGAGGAGCACUCGGUCCAGCAGGUGGACCUUAUAUGGGAGGAUGCCCUGUUUAUGUUUGAGUAUUUUAAGCCCAAGACCCUUCCUGAAUUUGACAGUUACAAAACCAGCACUGUGUCUGCUGACUUGGCCAACCUCCUGAAGAGAAUUGCCACCAUUGUGCCCCGCACCGAGAGGCCAGCCCUGAGCCUGGACAGAGUCUCAGCCUACAUUGAGGGGACCUCAGCUGAGGUACCCUGCCUCCCAGAAGGGGCUGACCCCUCCCCUCCAGUGGUGAAUGAGCUGUACUACCUCCUGGCUGAUUACCAUUUCAAAAACAAGGAGCAGUCCAAGGCCAUCAAGUUCUACAUGCAUGACAUCUGCGUCUGCCCCAACAGGUUUGAUUCCUGGGCAGGCAUGGCCCUGGCCCGGGCCAGUCGCAUUCAGGACAAGCUGAACUCCAAUGAGCUGAAGAGUGAUGGGCCCAUCUGGAAGCAUGCCACACCCGUCCUGAACUGCUUCCGGCGGGCCCUGGAGAUUGACAGCUCUAACCUGUCCCUGUGGAUUGAGUACGGCACCAUGUCCUACGCCUUGCACUCCUUCGCCUCACGCCAGCUGAAGCAGUGGAGAGCUGAACUGCCCCCUGAGCUCGUGCAGCAGAUGGAGAGCCGGCGGGACAGCAUGCUGGAGACAGCCAGGCACUGUUUCACGUCAGCGGCCCACUGUGAGGGCGAUGGCGAUGAGGAGGAGUGGCUCAUUCACUACAUGCUGGGCAAGGUGGCCGAGAAGCAGCAGCAGCCGCCUGCCGUGUACCUGCUGCACUACAGGCAGGCUGGCCACUACCUGCACGAGGAGGCCGCCCGCUAUCCCAAGAAGAUCCACUACCACAAUCCGCCUGAGCUGGCCAUGGAGGCCCUGGAGGUGUACUUCCGGCUCCACGCUUCCAUCCUGAAGCUCCUGGGGAAGCCUGAUUCUGGGGUUGGUGCAGAGGUCCUUGUCAGCUUUAUGAAGGAGGCUGCAGAAGGACCCUUUGCCAGGGGCGAGGAGAAGAAUACACCCAAAGCUUCAGAAAAGGAGAAGGCCUGCCUGGUGGAUGAGGACUCCCACUCUUCAGCUGGGACACUGCCGGGCCCCGGAGCCUCCCUCCCCUCCUCCUCUGGCCCAGGUCUGACAUCCCCACCUUACACAGCCACUCCGAUUGACCACGAUUACGUCAAAUGUAAAAAACCCCACCAGCAGGCGACGCCGGACGAGCGCAGCCAGGACAGCACGGCCGUGGCUCUCUCCGACUCCAGCUCGACGCAGGACUUCUUUAACGAGCCCGCCAGCUCAUUGGAGGGCUCACGGAAGCCCUAUGUGGAGAAGAGGCCGCCGUCGAUUCCUAGUUCCCAAGCAGGACUAACCAGUAAAGACCUUCAGGGGGCCACAGAGGAAAGAGGAAAGACUGAGGAGUCCUUGGAGAGCACAGAAGGUUUCCGAGCCACAGAGCAAGGCGGCCAGAAGCCUGCUACAGACCCCCCAGCCUCUGCGUGUAUCCCCGUCAAACCCCCAGCGUCUGCACCCACCCUGUGGGAUGGGAAGAAGAGAGGGGAACCCCCGGGGGAGCCAGCAGCCUUCCCCCAGGGGCUGCCGGCCGGUGCAGAGGAGCAGCGCCAGUUCCUCACGGAGCAGUGCAUUGCCUCCUUCCGCCUGUGCCUCAGCCGCUUCCCCCAGCACUACAAGAGCCUCUACCGGCUGGCCUUCCUCUACACCUACAGCAAGACCCACCGGAACCUCCAGUGGGCCCGCGACGUGUUGCUAGGCAGCAGUAUCCCUUGGCAACAGCUGCAGCACAUGCCGGCACAGGGGCUCUUCUGCGAGAGGAACAAGACCAAUUUCUUCAACGGCAUCUGGCGGAUCCCCGUGGACGAGAUUGACCGGCCAGGCAGCUUUGCCUGGCACAUGAACCGCUCCAUCGUGCUGCUGCUCAAGGUGCUGGCCCAGCUCCGGGACCACAGCACCCUGCUGAAGGUGUCCUCCAUGCUGCAGCGGACCCCGGACCAGGGCAAGAAGUAUCUACGAGAUGCUGACCGCCAGGUCCUGGCUCAGCGGGCCUUCAUCCUCACUGUGAAGGUGCUGGAGGACACACUGAGCGAGCUUGCAGAGGGGUCAGAACGCCCAGGGCCCACGGCCUGUGGCUUCCCUGGAGCCAGGAUGACCACUGACAUCUCCCACAAGGCCAGUCCCGAAGAUGGCCAAGAGGGCCUCCCCAACCCCAAGAAGCCCCCUCUGGCUGAUGGCUCAGGGCCAGGGGCCGAGCCAGGGGGCAAAGUGGGCCCCCUCAACCACCGGCCAGUGGCCGUGGAUGCAGGAGACAGCACAGACCAAGGUGGGGAGCGGAAAGACAAGGAGAACCCCCGGGCUGGGCCCACCGAGCCCAUGGACACGGGUGAGGCCACUGCUCGCCGCUUGGACUCAGAACGGGCAUCACCCCUGCUGCCAGGCCGCCCCCCGAGGGAUCGGGUCCCGGAUAGCCGACCCACGGAGCUGUCCCUGGAAGAGCUGAGCAUCAGUGCCCGGCAGCAGCCCAGCCCACUCCCACCAGCCCAGCCAGCCCCCACCACCGCCACUACCACUGUGGCCCGGGGCGGGAGCCACCCCGAGGAGCCACCCCCACGGCCCAGCCGCAAGAGGAAGCUCUUGGAGGACACAGAGUCAGGCAAGACGCUCCUACUGGACGCCUACCGCGUGUGGCAGCAGGGCCAGAAGGGCGUGGCCUAUGACCUGGGCCGCAUUGAGAGGAUCAUGUCCGAGACCUACAUGCUUAUCAAGCAGGUGGACGAGGAGGCUGCGCUGGAGCAGGCCGUGAAGUUCUGUCAAGUCCACCUCGGGGCUGCUGCCCAGAGACAGGCUGCAGGGGACACACCCACCACUCCAAAGCACCCCAAGGACAGCCGAGAGAACUUCUUUCCGGCAGCUGUGGCCCCCACAGCCCCUGACCCUAUCCCAGCCGAUGGGCUCCAACGGCCCAGUGACACCCACACCAAGCCUCGCCCUGUGCCGGCUGCUACCACAGCCGUCAUCACCUGCCCUCCCUCAGUGUCAGCCUCUACUCCAGACCCGUCCAAAGACCCCAGGCCCCCCCAGCCACCCAGGACUGAGGCCACUCCCAGCAUGGCGUCUCUGAGCCCAGAGGGAGAAGAGCUGGCAGGAGGGGCAGAGGGUGCCAGCUUCCCACCCCAGGAGCCACAGUGCCGUGAGCAGGUGAAGAUGGCCCCUGAGGGCCCCCCAGCAGAGCCGCGCUGCUGGCCAGCAGAGGCCACCCCCCGGACAGGCACCGAGCCCACCUGCAGCCAAGUCACCAGCUCCAAGGUGCCCAGCAGCGGGAGUGCCCAGCCACCUGAGGGCCACCCAGGCAAGGCAGAGCCCAACCGGGCCAAGUCGCGUCUCCUGCCCAACAUGCCAAAGCUGGUAAUCCCCUCGGCUGCCACCAAGUUCCCCCCUGAGAUCACCGUCACGCCGCCCACCCCAACCCUGCUCUCGCCCAAAGGCAGUAUCUCGGAGGAGACCAAGCAGAAGCUGAAGUCGGCCAUCUUGUCUGCCCAGUCGGCCGCCAAUGUGAGGAAGGAGAGCCUGUGCCAGCCAGCCCUGGAGGUCCUGGAGACAUCGAGCCAGGAGUCCUCGCUGGAGAGCGAGACGGAUGAGGAUGACGACUACAUGGACAUCUGAGGAGGGCCACCCGCCCCCCGCCCCACUGUUCCCCACACAGCCCUCGGUGUGCUCUGCCUUCCCCCGUGCGGUGUCCUCCCUGCCCACCUGGGUGGGGCUGUCCCCACCAUGGCUGAGGGGCCCAGAGGCUGAGCUCAGCCACACGGAGAUGGAUGGGUUGAAGUCUGCACAGCAGGGCCACCUCCUUUUCUAUGAAAUGUUGACUUUGUAAAUGCCCACCCUGCCCAGGUGGCCGUGUCCACACCCCGCCGCCCGGAGAAUCCGGCCUUCGCCUCAGUCACAGUGGAGGUCGCAUUUAGGGUUGGGCUCACCCCAUGCCCUUUUUUUGUUUUUUUCUAAUAAAGAUGGAACAGUU